AGAAAUUCAAUCCAUCAAGUAUUAGAUUGUUGGUUUGACUAAUGUUCAAAGGUGAAAAUUAAAGGUCAGUGACUAGGGACUGUUUGACAUAGUGUUAAAAAUCAGAAAUGAUAACGCAUAUUGUAUACACCCCCUUACCAUCUACUUUUUCGGUAAUCUUCUGUUAACUUUCAUUAAUUUAUCAUUUCUCCUCCUGUGUACUUUCUUCACUUAAAUUCAUUUUCAAUCUACUUCUUCUUUGUCUGCUAUUGCUACUUCUGUAAAGAGUGGUAGGCAAUGCUAAUCCAUGGAAGAAAAGUCAAUUAAAUCAACCAUCAAUCUUAGUGUCCCAGUCGAGAAGUCUACAUUCUCCUACAUAGCUCAAAUUGACUGUCAUAUACUUCUUGGGUGGUGGACUGGAUCAUGCGGCAAACAAUGGGCAGCGAGAAGAGGGGGAUGCGCUGGCUGGACUGCGGAAAAGAACCUAGAAGACUUGGAUUUCGCCGGUGACCUGUGCUUGAUGUCACAUAAACUUGAAGAUCUACAGACAAAAACCAACAAGUUGGCAGGAGAGGCAGCAAAGACGGGACUUCAAGUGAAUAUAGAGAAGACAGAAGUGAUGAAGAUACCCAACCAACAACUGCAACAACAACAACAAACUCCAACGGGAGAAACUUAAAGGAAGUAACCUCCUUCACCUAUCUAGGAAGCACUGUCUCAACUACAGGCGCCAUAGGCACAGACGAGAAUGUCAAAGUGAGAAUCGGAAAAGCAAAACAGGCUUUCAUUAGCCUGAAAUCAGUGUGGAGAUCUUCUGCACUCAGCAUAUGGAACAAGAUCCGGAUUUUCAACACCAACGUCAAGU